AUGGUUCCUUUCCAAGUGUGGAUUGGAGUGGCGCUGCUCCCUCUCCUGCUUCAAUGCAGCUUGGCGGUGACAGAGGCGUCGUGCGCCGAUGUGGUGCCUCUGAAGUUGCGGCGGGAGGUGAUAUCGAUCACCGACUUUGGGGCGGUGGGGGAUGGGAAGACGCUUAAUACUUGGCCCUUCAAGAAGGCUAUUUACAGGAUUCAGCACAUGAGGAAGAGGGGCGGGACGCUGCUCUACAUCCCUCCUGGUGUUUGGCUCACAGGAAGCUUCAGCUUAACCAGUCAUAUGACUCUUUACUUAGCCCGAGGUGCGGUCAUCAAGUCCACACAGGAUACAAGGAAUUGGCCUUUGGUAGAUCCUCUGCCAUCAUACGGAAGAGGGAGGGAGCUCCCUGGCAAGAGAUACAUGAGCUUUAUUCAAGGAGAUGGCAUUAGUGAUGUGAUCAUAACAGGCGAGAAUGGAACCAUUGAUGGUCAAGGUGAAGUUUGGUGGAAUAUGUGGAGAAAGGGAUCUCUGCACCACACAAGGCCAAACCUCCUAGAGUUCAAGAAUUCUAGAGAUAUUUUAAUUUCCAACACAGUCUUUCAAAAUUCUCCAUUUUGGAGUAUCCAUCCUGUUUAUUGCAGCAAUGUGGUGAUAAAAUACGUGACAGUGUUGGCUCCAUAUGACUCUCCUAAUACCGAUGGCAUAGAUCCAGAUUCCAGCUCAAAUGUCUGCAUUGAGGAUGCCCACAUCGCAACAGGAGAUGAUUUGGUGGCCAUAAAGAGUGGCUGGGACGAAUAUGGAAUUGCUUAUGGUCGUCCGAGCUCAGGCAUCACAAUCCGAAGGCUCACCGGAUCUUCUCCUUUCUCUGGGAUUGCAAUAGGGAGUGAGACCUCAGGUGGGGUGCAUAAUAUCUUGGUGGAGAACAUAAACCUCUAUAACACUGGAUUUGGGAUCCAUAUAAAGACUAAUGUUGGAAGGGGAGGAUACAUAAGGAAUGUGACUGUGAUAAAUGUAAGCAUGAAUAAGGUCCGCCAGGCCAUCAGAAUUGCCGGAGAUGUCGGUGACCACCCUGAUGAGUACUUCAACCGGCAUGCAGUCCCGACGGUCGAUGGAGUGACCAUCAAGAAUGUGUUGGGAGUGGAUAUACAGCAGCCUGGAUCGAUAGAAGGCAUUAGGAGCUCACCCUUCACUCGGGUAUGCCUCUGCAAUGUCAAACUUUGGGGUGUGCGGCCACACACUGAGUCAUGGAGGUGCACCGACGUAAGUGGAGCAGCACUUGGUGUUCAGCCAUGGCCAUGCUCGGAGCUCACUGACACAGUUACUGCAGGGUUUUGCUCAAGUGCUUUCUGAAUGUGUUGAUUCUUUAGUUUUUCUCGUACGACAUUUUGAUGGUUUCUCCUGAGUUCGCAUGUAUGAACUAGCUCAAAAUAGUACCCAUGACCCAUGGAUGAUUUAGUUUGAUUA